AGUUUGAGCCUGGCCUCCCCGCCCCAGCGAGAACACAUGUGGAGGAGACGGGUGACGUUUUGACAGAAUAUCAAAACAUUCCAUUCUGUGACAUUGUUUGGACUAGCAUGUGGGCUACAAGUAAUAGGCUAAUCAAUCAAAUGUGAAUUUGUAUGGAUUUAUCAAAGCACUCUUUAUUUGUAGGCAACUAGUGUGCAGCUACGAGUGGAACUACGAGUAAGUCCAUUGUCUUCAUCAUUUCUGUAGCCAAUGUUAAAACAGAAAUGCGUGUUUAAAUACAAGGGGUGUGAAAAUAAUCGCUGUCACAUGAAUGCAAGGCUAUUAAUUUGUUACGGUCCGGUAGCCUAUGCUACCCCUUAGCCCCUCGACUUCCCUGUCUCUCUCCGUCUCACUGAGAGCCUGUGUCCACCCCCUCACCCCAGCCAAACCAGUACGCCAAACGUUUGAUCACUACCAGAAGAGGAAGUCACCAUGGCAUGGCAUUGAUGUCCAUGUUCUCCUCUAAGGACCAUGGGUCGUGCUAGUGUCAGAUGAACAUCGUGGAUACUUUCUCAGCAUGGCGAAGGAAUACGAUGUGCUGCUACGGCUAAUGCUGCUUGGAGACUCCGGAGUCGGAAAAACUUGUUUGUUGUGGAGGUUCACAGACGGCGACUUUCACCCAUCACACAUCUCCACUAUCGGAAUCGAUUUCAAGAUGAAAACACUAGAUAUAGAUGGCACCCGAGUCCGAGUGCAGAUAUGGGAUACAGCAGGCCAGGAGAGGUACCAGACUGUCACCAAACAGUACUACAGGCGUGCACAGGGGAUCCUCCUGGUGUAUGAUGUCACAAAUGAACACUCCUUUCAACACAUUGUCAAAUGGGCCAGCGAUGUUGAUGAGUGUGCACCCGAGCAGGUGAUGAGGAUCCUGGUGGGGAAUAAGUGUGAUGAGGAAGAGAGGAGAAGAGUCACCACUGAACAAGGGGAUAAGUUAGCAAAAUCAUAUGGAAUGGACUUCUUUGAGACGAGCGCCUUCAGCAACCACAACAUCAAGGAGUCUUUCUCACGACUCACAGAGAUGGCGCUGCAUGCUAACCGGAAGAAACUGGACGGUCUGUGGUUGUCCAUUAAUGAUGACCUCAGCACUGAAGAUCUACUGCAGGAGGAAGCCGACCGGAAGGUGGAGGAGAACCCUGAGAGGACAUGUGUGUGUUAGACACGAAGCAGCAGCCUCUGAACUCUGACCUCUGACAUCUGACCUUCCCGUACGCAAGGCCGUUCAGUCUGGGAGAUUCAACUACAUCAGUUCAGUGUGGGAGAAUGAUGACUGAACUAAUUCAUCUCUAUAGAAUUGUUCAGCUCCACAGUGAUGAGUGAUUUUAUCCAGGCAAAUCAUCAAGAGUAAACGCAUAAACCAGUAUGACAAUAAACUCCGAGACAAAAA